UAGCAAGUCCUCCACUAAACCAUAUCACUAAGCUCUACAUCUAAAUGUCUUUGAAAGACCUCCAGGGAUGGUGACUCAACCACUUCCCUGGGCAGCCCAUUUCAAUGCCUAAAUUUGCCUCAACAAUGCCUUACUACAUAAACAAUGCCUUGUUUAUGUAUUUUACAAGACUGAAAAGAACUGGGUAUCUCCAGAGGGUGAUUCAUCUCAUCGCUGGGAUUGAUGCCCCAUUUAGCAGAUGGAGCAUGCAUUAGUCCUUAACCCUAUAAAGUUCCUCCCGUGCAUAGAUUACUACUGCUAUCAGUGGGAGAGCUUGAAGACCUUUCCAGAUGCAUCAUACGUUGAAGGAUCUGGGUCCUGUAGGCAAUUCAGGAAGAGAAACCUAGCUGAAGAGAGACCAGGCUGACCAGUUGGCCCAACUUGAACACAUAGAUGUGACAUGGGAGCAUAAUGGAGAACCAAUUACAGUCAAGUGGGCCCACAAAACUGCCAGGCAUGCUGGGAGGGAUCAAACUUAUUACUGGGGCAGAAAAUGCAGAUUUGACUUAUCUUGGGAAGCCAUAAUGCCAGCAGUAUUUGUGGAAUAAUAAGGCAGAAACUGAGUGAUGAAGCAGCACAUGUGAUGGGAGAGGUACAUGUCUGGAGAAGCGUGGUGCAGCAGGUUGCAUUGGCCCUCUGGGUUCCAACAAUGCCGGCAGGUGCUCCAGGCUCACACCAGGCACAGCUAUCAUCAUGGUGACUGGGAGGUUUCUGCUGGGAAAGGAAACUGGAGUAGCACCCUAGGAGGAAUAAGCAAAGAUGUCUGUCACUGUGGAAUACCACUUGAGCUACACUCAGAUACUGAAAGUCCUUUCAAAAACAAAAUCAUCCAAGAAUGGGCUGAAGACAGUGGAGAAGACUGGGUACAUCGUGUUCCCUAUCACUCCGGGCAGACGGAAGGAUAGAACGGUACAAUAGCUUGCUUAAAGCCAUGCUUAAAUCGCCUGGAGAAAGGGAAUCUCAGGGGUUGCACACCUCACCUCCAGGAAGCUGUGUGACUAAUCAGCACAAAGCCAGGAAACUGUCAUCAUGAGUGCCAUCAUUUUCUGCCCUGCAGAAAAUCUUACACCCUGGAUGAAAAAGUACCAGUCAGCUGCACAAACACUUGGAUUGGGAGCGGGCAAAAUCAAGGUACAGGAGCACUGAUAAAGGAGAAGUACUAAAUUUUGCUGUUUCAAAUGUCCAAAGAAAUAGAUACAGAUCCACAGAGAUCUGCUCAACCGGAUUAUGUUUUGGAGAAAACAAUGGAAAUUACGGCAUUUAUAUGAGACCCUUCUGAAUUUCUAGGAACUGAGUACAAGAAAACCUGGAGGUAUUAGGAAGAAAUGAGGGAAAAAAAGUGAAACAUGAAGAGAUGAAAAGGCCCAGAAACAUGUAAUGAAUGAAAGAGCAGCACAGAUAUCUUCUGGAGUAAAUGAGUUGAUCAAGUGGAAGCCUUUGUGCUUUCCAGAGUUGACUUAUUUCUUGUUUUCCGUUUUAAACUGUCACAUUUUUGCCUUAUAUUGUCUACCCCAUUACUCCUGGUGGCAGAUUAGUCUGGAGUGAUGGAAAGCACUGAAGUAGCUCACCUGAAGCUGAGCACAGUAAAACAGGGUUUAACAGUCCAAGCCAGAUUUACAGCAGCCCAUAGUAGUGUAGUGCUAUAAUUAAUGGGAGACAGCAGUGUCAGUACUGUGUGAAAGUUCAGUGAAGUCUGACUGUAGCUGUGAGAAAAUCCCGUUUCUGUAGAAAUAUUCUGUGUUAUAAAUGUUUGUGGUGAGAAGGCGAUAGACAGCAACGGUACUUGGGAGUGAAAAACCUCCCUUCCUUUGGUUUUCUGGCUUGAUUCUGAAACGUGGCUGAAUGUGUCUGUCAUCUUCAUAUCUCACCCAGAUGAUGAAAACUGUGGAGAAAGCCUGCUGACUUCUGUCUAUAGCAUGAAUUAACAAACUAUAAUUCUGUUCCAGGAAAAAGGAUUCUGAGGAGGCUGAAGUGAGGGGAGCUGUGAUGAGGCUGCAAGUUCAGAAUUCAUCCUUUUGUUUGCAUGGGGUCUUAAACCCAAGCAAAAUGACCUUACGGAUGUUUAUAAGUUAGCAGUAGGUGCAGAGAAGUCCCCAAAGUCCUCUAAAUAUACCUGUUGCAAUGAUUAUUAAUUUAAACAACAGAUAUACAGUGAGCUUGCAGUGAAACUAAGGUAUCGUGCAUAGCUGUGGGACAUCUGCAGUCCAUCUUCUCCACCCUGAAGUCUAUGGAAAGUGGCCUUUGCUUUUUCCUCUGUACAGCAGAGUCUGCACAGAAUUAUGUGCAGAGCCUGAGCUGUUUCCCUGCUUUCAUCAAAGCCGAAGGCAGAGCUCUCCAACGGGCUUUCACAGUCAAGGACCAGAGGCUGAUGUGAAAGGAUACUGGGGGAGAAUGGUUUGCAUUGGCAAUGUGCUGUCUCAUCUGAUAGCUCAGCUCCUCUCUCACCCCUCUCUAGUACCUCUGAUCUGCUUUGAUAUUUCUUUAGAGAAAUAUCUAAAAGGAUAUUUCUCAGAGCAGCUUUCAGAGUUCAGAGUGACAAUUUAUCAAUUAAGAAGUAGGUAAUGCAGGUAGCACUAACUGAAAUCAAUCUCACGGAAUGAUCUGUUGUGACAUUUACGUGGUAAGUUUUCUGAAAAAGAUAAGUUACAUCAAGAAAAAGGUUGGAGCUGAAACCUUGACAUAAAAUACACACACACAAAAAAAAUCUGAAAAAAAAAAAAGCUAGUUGUUAAUCUACACCCAGCCCCAGUUUGUUUUGUGAUUUUCAGCCACUGAGGCUUUGAUGCUGCAUAUCAGAAACAUGGGGAGAAAGGCAAAUUCAAAAAGCAGUAUUUUUACAAUCAGUCAGACCCAUUUCAGAGCACAUUCUCAAGGCAGACAUUGCUGCCUAUGUCACCCAGUGCAGGUUGUAGAGAUGUCUGUAAAAUGCAGCUAUGAGAUGCUUACUGCCUUGUGCUGCUUUUCAAACAGGUUGAAGCUGAGAGCACUGUUCAAUUAUCCCCCAUUUGCUGAACAGAGCAUGGCUGGAAAACAAAGCAAAACUAAGAAAGCAUAAAUGCCCGAUCUGGUAAAAAUCUACUUCUGCAUUUUUUCAUGCUAUGAUCUGUUUUCUUAUGCCUCUGUGUGCGUACCACAAUUUGCCAUUGGUUCUGAGCCAUUUUUUUUGUUGUUGCAAAUUUACUGUUUUCACAUUGCUUAAGGGUUUGGCUGCGCUAUUGAUGCUGUGUGAUGUGGGGAUGGUGGAGUCAGCAAAGCAGAAAAGCUAAUUUGUUCCUUGCAUGUGGGGACCAUCUCCAGGUAGAUCUGCGUGGUGCUGGCAGAGUUGUCUCCUUCUAAGGAUAAGGAGAGAGUUUUAUUUUCUGGGGCUGCUCAUGCAUCCCCUUCUGUCAAUAUUACGUGAAGCCAAGUAAGUGAAUAUUUCUCAGCAGUGAGAAGAUGCAUUCCAGCUUGCUGCUCUCGAGGAGAGUGUGUGAGAAUUCCCAGAAGAGGUUGGUUCAAUUACAAAGGUUGGAACUGAAACUAAUGAUUUAAGCAUUUUUGCUAAGAUGGUUCCAUAUGCAUUCCAGCGGGGGCUUGGGCUCCUCAGACACCUUCUUUAAGUAAGAUGUUGGACAAUGAAAUCCAUUGCAAUUGAGAUUUAUCCUGAUUAAUUGUCAUGGUGCUUAGGAAGUUGUCCUCUAAUAAAGCAGUUGUCCCUGUUGGCUCUGGACUUCCCUGUUCACAGAGCACUGUAGCUUACUUGGUGUUUUGCUUCUCGUAACCACAGUGAUGCCAACAGCUUCAUUUAUGAAAGAUCGGAUUUGCUUCCAGAAAUAUUUGAAGACAACAGUUAAAUUCAGAAAAACAAAACAUGAGAAAUCAUGCACAAACACUCAGAGUGGAGUGAGAAUUGAAGAAUCAUAGUCAAUCCUAUGAAAAUAUCCUCUGUUUCUGGCAAAAUCUUUAGCUGUAUCUCUUAUGGUGUCUCUUCUGAUGGAAUUUUAAAAAGUAUGUUUUUAGAUGUUUGUAAAUACUGUCAUGUGGUUAUCCAGAACUGCUUGAAACACGUUAUAGAGGUGUCCUGACCAAAUCAGCAGUUAAGAUUCUUUGAACUCUAUAAUACAGUGAUUCCUUUACAGAAGAAUAUGCUUAUAUUGUCAGAAUGCUCAGGUGAGCUUUUGUUUUGGGUCCACGACUCUAAAAAUGUUUCUGAAGAAGGUCGGUCACGUGAGUACCACAGGAGAAGCCUGCUUGGGAGUAGCUCUCCUGCAGAAGCAGAGAGUAAUUGUCAUCUUGAUUGGAAACUUAGUGGGCUUCACUCAGAGCAUUGAAGAAAUGCUCUCUGUUGAUUCCUGAGUGCUUUCCCAGAAUGAGGAAUAUUAUACUGAUCUGUGGGUUGGUUUUUUUUUGUAGUUGUUGUUGUUUUGUUGUUUGGUUUUCUUUUUGUUGCUGUUGUUUUCUUUUCUUUCUGCAUUAUCUGCAUCCCCCCACCACCUUCUUCCUUUUGGAUGGGCAAGCAUAUGUCUGCAUGUUGCCUGUGGAGCAGAGCUACUCUUCCACCUGGUCAGAUAAUUCAUUAGAUGUGCCUCAGUUUGCCUUGGGUGAUGUGCAAAAAAGGGAUAAAAAUACAGAUUAUUGCAGAUCCUAAAAGUGCCAGCAGCCACUGAAGAUGCAAUGGAUGUGGUAAUACUUUACAGAGGGUAAAUAUUUCCCCCCUGUUUCAUUGCAGGUAUUGUUUGCUCUGCAGGCUGAAUUCAGGCCAAAGCAGCCCCUGUCCCUCUCUGGGCAGAUGUGUGUUGGCAGAAGGAGCCCACAGUCUGGGGGUACACAGCCAGCUGUCCCUCAACACCUGGGAGCAGCAGGUCCCCAUAGUUGGAGGAGGGACAAAGAUGAGCUGUGAGGUAGGGGGAAGCAAGCAGGAGAACAAAUCCUUGCUGCAAAUACUGUUAGUUUUUCUACCCUUAAGCCAAGCAGUAAGAUAAAAGACUCUGCUCAGCUACCCUUGUUCAAGAGGCAUUUGGAUAAUGCCCUGAAUAUGCUUUAAUUUCUGGUUAUUUGUUAAGUGGUCUGGCAGUUGGACUCUGAUUUUUGUAGAUCCCUUCCAACUGAACUAUCCUAUCCUAUUCUAUUCCUUACAGUUUUUCAGCUGCUGUCACCAACUCAAGCACCAGAUGUCUGCACUGAACAGAAAAAUGAAAUACAGCCUCCAGAAAAGUAGUUGGGAAAAGGAAAGGAGAACCAAGUGGCAGGGAGGGGAAGUGCAAAGGACCUCAAAGGGCCUGGAAAGUGAAGUUUGUCGAGUUCCAGAUAGCCUUUGUGCUAACAGGCCUGUCACAUCACAGAGGAAGAAAAACCAUACAUGGUCAUAAGCAAGAGUCAGUUUGUCCAGAUAAAGGGAUGGAGUUGGGCAGCAGUGAAGAAGGCUGACAUGGUCUCUGGACAAAAUGGGGAACUUGUCAAUGAAACCCAAGCACCUGAGACAGCCAGAUAGACACGUAGCAAACCUCUCUAUUGGUUGUGCUGGCAACUAUAAGUUUCUGAAGGACCCAAGUCUAGGCAUCCAUGUGACUGGGCAAGCUGAUGCUCUUUGCAGCAGGGUGGUUGAACUGGAAAAGGAGCUGAAAAGAAAAGAUGAAGAAUUGCAAGAGAGUCAAAGUCUUGUUGCUGAGCUUCAGGAGCAGCUGGCUGUGCAGACUAAGGUCAUAGCAGAACUCACCAAGGAACUUCAGAGCAAGUGUAUACAGCUGAACAAGCUGCAGGAUGUUAUUAAUACUCAAGGAGAACACUCUCUUCAACCUUCUCCAUUUAGAGCAACUCCAAAGAAUCAAGUCUCUGCUGACAGGAGGAAAGGAGCUAAGGAAGGUGUAUCUGCAGAGCCAACAACACAGCUAUAUGAUUUGAGCAAGCAAGCUAGGUUUUCCUUUGAAAAAUCAAGAGUCCAAAAGGAUUUCAGUGAGAAGAAGCUCAUCACAGAUGCCCUGAAUAAAAAUCAGUUCUUGAAGAGACUGGAGCCUCAGCAGAUCCGAGAUAUGGUGGAAUGUAUGUAUGAAAGGACUUUCCAGCAGGGGAGUUAUGUCACCAGACAGGGAGAGCCAGGCAAUCACAUUUUUGUGCUCAAAGAGGGCAGACUGGAAGUCUUUCAGCAGAAUAAACUCCUCUCCUCAAUACCUGUGUGGACAGCAUUUGGUGAACUAGCCAUUUUAUACAACUGCACACGGACAGCUUCUGUGAAAGCAAUCACCAAUGUAAAAACAUGGGCAUUGGACAGAGAAGUGUUUCAAAACAUCAUGAGAGUGACAGCACAGACAAGGCAAGAACAGUACAGAAGCUUUCUUAGAAGUGUGUCUCUCCUAAAAAACUUACCUGAAGAUAAACUAACCAAGAUCAUGGACUGCCUGGAGGUGGAGUACUAUGACAAGGGAGAUUAUGUUAUUCGGGAAGGAGAAGAAGGAAAUACCUUCUUUAUAAUAGCAAAAGGAAAGGUGAUAGUUACCCAGAGUACUGCAGAUCACUCACAGCCUCAGCUGAUCAAAAGUCUACAUAAAGGAGAUUACUUCGGAGAAAAGGCUCUCAUCAGUGAUGACGUCAGAUCAGCAAACGUUAUUGCAGAUGAAUAUGAUGUGGAGUGCCUUGUUAUAGAUAGAGAGACAUUUAAUCAAACCGUUGGAACUUAUGAGGAGCUCCAAAAAUACCUUGAAGGCUAUGUGGCUAACCUGGCCCGGGCUGAUGAAAAGCGACAUGCAAAAAGAAGAUCCUUCUGUGGACAGUCGGCCAAAGAGGUGACUUUGGAGAUGAUACAGCUGCAGGAGAAAGUAGCCCAGUUCUCUUCUUCCCCAUUCCAGAAUUUAGAAGUUGUCACAACUCUCGGUGUUGGUGGGUUCGGAAGGGUUGAGCUUGUUAAAGUGAAAAAUGAGAACAUCGCUUUUGCUAUGAAGUGUAUAAAGAAGAAACAUGUAGUGGACACCAAACAGCAAGAGCAUAUCUAUUCUGAAAAGAGAAUUCUCGAACAGAUAUGUUCUCCAUUCAUUGUGAAACUAUAUCGUACAUUCAAGGAUAGUAAGUAUGUAUACAUGCUACUGGAGGCUUGCCUUGGAGGAGAAUUGUGGAGCUUACUGAGAGACAGAGGCAGCUUUGAUGAACCCACUACCAAGUUCUGUGUUGGGUGUGUGACAGAGGCUUUGGACUAUCUACAUCACAUAGGAAUUGUCUACAGGGACCUGAAGCCAGAAAAUUUAAUUUUGGAUGCUGAAGGAUACAUAAAAUUGGUUGAUUUUGGAUUUGCAAAGAAGAUCGGGUCAGGGCAGAAAACCUGGACAUUUUGUGGAACCCCUGAGUAUGUUGCCCCAGAAGUCAUUCUGAGUAAGGGCCAUGACUUCAGUGUGGAUUUUUGGUCCCUUGGGAUUCUUGUAUAUGAACUCCUUACUGGCAGUCCACCAUUCUCCGGGGCUGAUCAAAUGAUGACAUAUAACUUGAUUCUCAAAGGCAUUGAAAAACUGGACUUUCCUAAAAUAAUAACAAGGCGGCCUGAGGAUUUGAUCCGCAGACUUUGCAGGCAAAACCCUACAGAAAGAUUAGGCAAUCUGAGGAAUGGAAUUAAUGACAUCAAGAAGCACAGGUGGUUGAAUGGUUUUAACUGGGAUGGUCUGAAAGUGAGGAAAUUAACAUCACCUUUAAAAAGAGAGUUGUCUGGACCAACUGAUUACAGCUACUUUGAUAGCUAUCCACCUGAAGAGGGAAUCCCUCCAGAUGAACUUUCAGGCUGGGACAAGGAUUUCUGAUACUUCCUUCUUCCUUCUUCCGUGACAUUUACUCAUAGGCAUCAGUUCUAAACCAGUUCUCAUGUUUCUUGCUUAAAAUCAAAGCACGCAAAGUUUUUGACAAGCAUGAUGUUCCCUGAAGAAUAGAAGACAGUGCAGCAACCAGAAUCUGUUUGGGUAACGCACCAAAUUCUCUGUGUGCCUCCUUAUAACAAGGGCAUGCAGAUGCAACCUGAAUACUUUUUGAUACACGGUGUCUCUGUGAGCAUUUUCAUGCACUGUGGGUGGGAUGUAUGAUUUGCUAUUGGAAGUUUCACUAGCUACUAUUUUGAUAUUAAAAAGGUUACUAUAUGUCUUAAUUUUU